AAAGGUAUGCCAAAGAUGUAGAGGAGAAAUGAGAAUACCAUGAGCACUAUAACAUUCUCCCUCUUUAUGAUGUUGGAGUUAAACCUGUGAUAAUGGAACUUUCUGAGAUCAAAGCAGCACUUCGAGCUAUCCGUAAUAUGGAUAAUCUCCCCAUUAUCCGAACUCAUGAUGGCAGUAAGGAUAAAUCAACAAACGACAUCCUUGAAUGGCUGGCUUCAGCCUUUGGAUUCCAGAAAGGAAAUGUAGCAAAUCAACGGGAGCACUUAGUACUGCUGCUUGCAAAUAUGGAUGUUAGGAAUAAGAGCUUAGAGGAUCAUGAAAACUAUGACCAAGUAAUUGACCUUUUCAGUAAUUCCUUAGUUCAUCAUUAAGAUGAAUAAUUGCAUGUUGAAGUCAAAUCUUUUGCUCUUCUUUUAUGGUGUUUUGUAGCAAGAGAUUUCUCA